AUGGAGGAGGCUAAGGAGGUAAUCGACACGACUCAGGAAGCCUGCAACGAGGAACGGAGUAGCUCUCAGAAUUUGGCAUACGAGCAGAAGCAGCCAGAGGAGGAAUCGAUGCCCCCAGACGGUCCUUCAUUCGAUGGUGGUAGGUACCUUGGUCAACUGGUCAAAGAGAUGCGUGCAUUGGAAAUUAUCCAGGACAGUAAUCCUGGCGUGUUACGGAGCACGUAUGGACUGGUUGUCAGAGAAAUUGAUUCCGUCUGGGGGCUCGUCUUUGCACGAGCACAUAGCUACGGGCAGGUGCCCAUCGAGGAUGCCCAACAGCUGCUCGACGGGCAUGAAUGUGUGAUGCACGAAAAAGUGCCAAUCCCGGAACGUCCGGGCAGCAAACUCAUCGGACGCAUUCUUGGGCCGCGUGGAAUCUCGGUGAAGCAGCUGGAAACGCAGACAGGCUGCCGCAUACUGAUUCGCGGCAAAGGCUCAAUUAAGGCAAUAGCUCAGUUACAAAUCUGA